UCCUCGGACGGCUGUUUGAACAACUGAAGAUCGCGUUUCGUCGAAGCGGAAUGAUGAAGCGGCAGAACAAAGUUGGACGUGCACUGUUCAAUUAGUUUAUUUGGUAACACAACGGCGCGCCGUCUGCACGUGAAUAUCGUGGGCGUACCACAGGAAGAUUGCGGUUUUUGUUGAUUUUUUUUUUUUGGUUUGUGACCCAGUGGAGUAAGAGAUCGGAAAAUGACCCGUUUUUUGAAUGUGAUUAGUUGUGUGGUUAUAUGCUUGAGUAUAGCCACCCUAACUACCACGAAACCCAUAAUGGUAAGUUUCGGAACAAACAAAGGCCCCAUCGUUCCAAGAUCUGCCCUUCCAGCCACCCCAAUAACCGAGAGAUCAGACACACCCACCAAACCAGCACCAGUAUACGAGGCCAGGGAAGACACACCGAACCCAGAAACGUACAAACCAUUGGUGCCACACCAGUACCGAACAAAAUUACUAUCCGUAAAACCAUCACCAAAUCUCAUUUUAGGGACGCCACUGGACAUAAGGUACACGCCAAGCGAGGAAAAAUACGACGUGUACAAGAAAACACAACUGAAGUCUAUAGGAAGAACGUACGUGGGACCCAACCUUUUCGAAAGACAGGCCUAUGAGUUUUCUGAUUUCGGCAAUAAGAAGACGUUCCUCCAACCUUCAGUGAGCUACAUCAAACCUCAAGUUUUUGCGGACAAAAGAAGUUCCCAUUUUGUGCCAGAAAUUGGUAUUGUUUAUUCUUCAGGAGUUAGGUAUUAUGUUCCUCAAAUAUUUUAUCAAGUGGUGACUGAAGAGCCACAGAAUCAGAGCAACCUUGAGCAAGAGCAAGAAAAUUCAGUUUACGAGAAGCAAGAUCAAAAGUAUUUUUAUACGACAUCAUGAGUAAACAACAUUUCGAUCCUUACUAAGAGUUGGAUUUAAAAUUGAGAAAUUCAGAUACUUUCAACGACUGAUCGAAUUAUAACUUUUUCAACUAGAAAUUUUGCCUAUAUUCUAGAUUUAAUUGAAUUUAGGAUGUAGGCAUUCCAUAUUGAAAAAAUCCUAACGAUAUUCGUUACGAAAUCCUUUGAAUGUUACCUUUGAAAUAUUUGUUGUUAAUUUGUUUUCUAAUUUUCAUCUUCUUUUUUUCGGAAUUUUCUGCCAAAAUUGAAUCGAUAUUGUUCCAACGAUCUUACCAAGAUAAGCAGAAAAGAAAUAACCUUAUUUUAUUAAAUUCUCAAUGAAAUAUUAACAUUUUUCAUUUUCUCUUGAAAAAUCUUUUGAAUUCGUUGUUAUUAAUAAAGGAAAAUGAGAAAUGUUUUCUUUUUGCAUAUUUUUUCUAUGGAAAUAAGCACUUGUUUAGAAAAUAGUUAUUUUUAUUCUUUUGUAUAAAAUUCCCCUUCAAUACUCUUCAGAUAUAUACAAAAUAUUUAAAUAGGAAUCAUUUGUGCCAAUUCUCUCAUUGAUUGUUGCUAAACCGAUAUCCUACUUUAGCUCAUGUAAAUUUUUAGAUACCUACAUUUUAAUAUAAGAAAUCAGUGUCAUAUUUUUAUGAUACAUGUACAUAAUUUGAAAUAAAACUAAAGAAAUUA